ACAGAAAAAAAAACCCGUCUUUAUCUGGACUGUGUGUAAUUUAUCUGUGGCACAGUUAGUGAGAAAUACUGCACAUUAAAUAUUACUACAUCGUGACAUGUCUGUUUAUAAAGGCUCCGCGAGGGAGGAGAGUUUUCUCACGAUCUUCGUCCUCUCACUGAAUUAGUGAGAGUUUAAUGUGAAGCUGAAACACUGAACGACCAAGUGUUGUAUACAGAGAACAACAACGUACACAACAACAAUAAUAUGCUCCACAGAGUUUGGACCGACAAUUAGGAAACUCAUGUGUGCAGGGAACCAACGACAGCAGCGUGGUGAGCAAGGCUUCAGCCGCCGCGCAGGGAUACUUCAGGGACCCUUUCAUCCAUCACUUUGUGUGCAAAGUAUCUCGAAGAGCCCCGCUUAUCAACAGGGGCUACUUUGUGCGCUGGAGGGCUGUGGACCACUGUGUGAGGCAUUUCCUUCUCAUCACUGCGAAAUGUCCAAAGAGACAGACGGAGCUCUGGACGGAGCCGCCGUGUUCGAGGUGGAUUUUCCUGACGUGGCGCGGCGCAAAGCUGCUCUGGUCACUUCUAAUGCAACUCUGAGAGGGAUGUUGGACCCCUGUCUGCCUCCGAUUCCUCAACCAGGGCCUGUUUACAUGUGCAGCAGCCAGUACCGCCUGUUAGGGGUGGAUGUUAGGGAGGAAUCUCAGACGGAGGAGGCUCUGAGUGCAGCUGGUCUGGACUGGGCCACUCCCACCCUGAUCCUCUCUGAAGUGGUGCUCACCUACAUGGAAACCCAAAAGUCAGACGCCGUGAUCAGCUGGGCAGCAAAGCGCCUACCACGGUCCAUCUUCGUGAUGUACGAGCAGAUCCGUCCCGACGAUCCCUUCGGCCGCGUCAUGCAGGACCAUUUCUUGAAGCUCAAUUCAACUCUGCAUGCCCUGCAGCAGUACCCAGAUCUGUCAGCACAGAGGCAAAGGUUCCUGGACAAGGGCUGGGAGCGGUGUGUAUGUGUGGACAUGAAUGCGUUCUAUUUGGGGCUGGUCCCCCAGGAGGAGCGGGACAGAAUAGAAACCCUGGAGCCGUUCGACGAGCAUGAGGAAUGGCACCAGAAGUGCUCCCACUACUUCAUCCUGACCGCUUCUCGAGGCGCUCUGAUGGAGCAGGCUCUGCUCAGUCAGACCCCAGUACCGUCCAUCAGUCCGAGCUGGAGCUCCACAGAGCUGAAGGUGAGCACAGUUCCAGUGUGUUUGGAAGGCUUGGGGUUGGCCUCUACCUGGAUGAGGUUAGAGGGGCUGCUGCUGACUGGAGGGUCCAGCAGAGGAGGCAGGGUGACGGAGUCCAGAUCCCUGAUCAGGGAUCAGAAUGGCUGGAGGUCCACCAGCGUCAAAGCGUCAGCAGAUCUGGGCGUGCGGCUCUAUCACACAGUUACCCCCCUUCCAAGAGGAGGAGCAGUGGUGUACGGCGGACGCUCCUCACCGCUCCGACCCAGCUCCGACCUGUUUAAACUGACCUUUGACACCUCCCCUGCCAAGGCACCGCGUCCACACGCAGAGAAGGUUCAGGUGGAGCCAAUGGACUGUACCGGGAAUCCUCCCCCACCAAGAUUUAGACACACUGCCACAGUGGUCCGGCACAGAGGCAGACACUUCCUGUUUGUGUUUGGUGGGAAGAACCAAUCAGCUUGUGCUCUGGGUGACAGCAGCUUCCUGAGUCUGGACCAGCAGCACUGGACUGAGUUUCCAGUAGGGGGCGAUGUACCAGCGGCUCGUCAUUCUCACUCAGCUUGUUCCUAUCUCGGAUCCGUUGUUGUGUUUGGAGGCCUUAGCCGAGACGGUGAGCCUCUGGGUGAUCUGAGUCUCCUGACGCCGACAGAACGAGGCUUCGAUUGGAUCAGAAUAGCUGUUCAUCCACCUCCUGUUCCCAGGUAUUCUCACUGCGCCCAUGUGUUUGGUGAUAAGCUGAUAGUGGUGGGCGGGGUCUGGAUGCAUUCAGAUGGCGUUCCUGGUGUCGUCAUCAUCAGCCUCAGCACGUACAGCAGCAUGGAGUUCAGACUGGACACGAGCUCAGUGCCCUGGCCUCUGAUGCUCCACUCCUUCUGCUCCGAGCUGACGGACUCAGAAGAACCGGCUCUGCUCCUGAUUGGAGGAGGCGGGAACUGUUUCUCCUUUGGGACUCAUCUGAACCCCCAGCCCGUCUCUGUCUGUCUGCAGCCCAUCUGUGACGACCUGCAGCCUCCUGGGCUUUGAAUCCGGAUAUGUUCACCGCUGGUUUUCCUGGGACAAAACAAGAUCUCUUUUCUGAGUUGUGAUAUAUUUAUAUGGUAAUGUGAUACAUAUAUUAUGUAUGCAAUAUUAGGUAUUUUCAAUAAGGUCAGAUAAAUAAACCAAACAUUCAAAUUCA